CACUCUAUGAAAAAAGUGAGAAACAUAAAGAAACAUUUUAAAAGGAUAGUUCACCCAAAAAUUAAAUUCUGUUAUUUUCUCAUCCUCCUGUUUUUUUAAAACAAAUAUUAUGGAAGUAUUGUGAUAAAUAAUGAAGAAAAUUAUUUGAUAAUUAAUGAAAAGCACACAGUUGACGGUACCCAUUAAAUUUCAUUGUAUUUGUUUGUCCUACUAUGGAAGUCAAUGGUUACGAUCAGCUGUUUACUUACCAUCUUGUAUUAAAAUAUCUGCUUUUGUGUUUAAAAAAAAUCAUACAGGUUUAAAACAACAUGAGGAUGAGAAAAAGGAUGACAGAAUGUUAUUUUUUUUUGUGAACUAACCCUUUAAAACCUGUUAACUGGCACUGUCCCGAGUUUACUUGAAUAUUUUUAAUGUAAAUGUUAAUCUAUCACGACAAACUAUAUAUUGUUGGAAAGCUCUAAGAAUGUACGGCCUUUUAGCAGUAAUAAUAAUGCAGUGACUGUAAUUUAUUAAUUUGUAAUUUAUUAAAGAGUAUGCAGCAAACCUCACAGCAAACCAACACAAACCUCUUUUUAUAUAAUACCAUAUUGAAUUUUUUUAUUACAAUAAAUUUAAACUGCUGCAACAUUUUUUCUUCUUUAAAAUGUUCACCUCCAAACACUUCUGAAAAAAAAAAACCAUUAAAGUGUCUUCUUUAAAGGUGCCAAAGAAUGCAUUGAAAUAAUCUGUAAAAUUGUUUUUUUGAUAUUUACAUAGAAGGUAUGUUGCUUUAUUAAGUGCAAAAAUUAUCCAGAAACGUUUUACAUGUCCAUUUACAACCCCAGGAUUUGUCCUUUGAAUGAAAUGGUCAAUUUUUGCCCUAUUUAAAAGGGUCAUGAAUAAUAAUGAUUGACUCUGUUCUGCUCUGAAGCUCAUGUCAGUAGCUCACAUUAGUAAACAUUUUAACAUCUUUGUAAUUCAUUGAAUGUUUUAAAAUCUUUGUAAUUAAUUUAAUGUUGGGGUGUACAUCUCGACUGUGACAUCACAGUUGGUGUUAUGUUGAGAUUGGUCUGUUUUUCAACAGUUUUUUGCAUACACAAGGUUUACAAAAAAUGAGGGAAACAAACGUGUUUGAGGCUCACGAUAUGCCAUUACCAAGUACAGACCUCUUAUUAUUCAUCUAUGCCUAUGUUAAAACAGUUUUUUAUUCUAUGGCACCUUUAAAACAAGACCAGAAUUAAGCUUCUAAACCAAAAAAGGCCAGAGUUAUAUUAAUUCAAAGGGGUUCUGUAAAGGCAUCACCUUUUCACCCCCACUCAAAAAGGGCUGUGCCAGGUAAAGGGUUAAUGACGGUGUAUAUGUGUGUGUUUAUUUCAGCAACAUAUGAGAGGAUUACUAUGUGAGUCAAUGUAUAAGCCAGUUAUAGUGUAUGCGUAAGCCUCUGUUGAUGCACCGGGGAACAUUAUGCUUCCUGUGUUAUGUACACGUGAAGCAGAUUACUAUUGCUACCAAGGAACAGACAUAAACAGGCAUCCCGAAAGACACGGAUGCAUGUUGAGACUAACACCAUCACUGCAGGUGAGUCUUUCUUUUAAUGCCCUCAACCAAAAUGAUUAGAAAUACUGAGUUACAAUAAUACUAAAAGUAGAUGGGUCUGCAUGUAUGUGUGUGUUUCAGAAGAAUGUGUAGUCUGGACGAGAUUCCCUUUAAAGUUAUUCUGGACUGUUUAAAGAUACAGAUGGGCGAGAAGGAUCCUGUUGGAGUUCCUGAAAUUGAGAUUCGAGAUUGCAACCAAAUACUGCGUGAUACUAAGUAUUCAUUUACUCUGGAGAAACGGAUCAUGGCUGCACGCGGAGAACUGCAGCGGAAGAUCAAAAAGGCUAAACAACACCCACAGACUUUGUGUCCCACGUGUCCGCCGUAUUGGCUGAUGUUCAGCAGCCCGCAACAUAGUCGUGCGGGGCGUCCCGAAAACACAGAAUUGUGGGAACUAGGCCCACGUCCUCGCAGUUUCAGCCUGAGUGCCGUUGAUUCAAAGAGGCUCCGCCCACUGCGGGCAGUCCAGUUUUUCAUCGCUGAUUCGGAGUGCGAAGGCGGGUAUGGUGAAGAUGACGAGGGUUCAUCCACCGAGGAAGAUGCUCCUAGUGGCAAAAGAAGACCACAGAGUUCUGGGCCACACUCUCUCAGACACGUCCAACGAGGCUCCACCCCCAAUUUGCAGACCCGCCCUGGGCCUUCCUCUACACGCCCGAACUCCGCCUCUUCUUUAAAGGACAUACAGAAGGCCCUCCCUCCUGCUGUUAGCCAGACGGCGCAGGGCAGUCCUCAUUCUUCCAGGGCUCCGCGCAGGAAUGUUGCUGCGAUGAGAUCCAACGGGCGACGAUACUCAAACGCCCUGUUGCAGAAGAGACCCUCAUCCGCAGGACCACUGCCCUCCACGCAGCAACAAAAACCCCCCUCACAUGGUGUGCGUCCACGGACAUCUGCAGGGCUGCAGGAUGCUUCUGCGGAUCUGCUGUGUGCUUUGAGCAAGGAAGAGAAAGAUCUUCUAGAAGCCGUCACAAAGCACGGAUACACACUUCAUACUGCAAUAAUGGCCCUGCAGAGGACAGGACAGAGAAGUCCUGAUCAGAUUUUGAGUUAUCUGACUUCAUGUGAUCGUCUGUGUCGACUGGGUUAUGAGAAGAUGCAGGUGGAAGAAGCUCUGGAGAUGUUCCAGAACUGUGAGAGCAAGGCUGCAGAGUUUUUGGUUUUGCUUGCUCAGUUUUGCGAGAUGGGUUUUCAACAGAGCACCAUUAAAGAAGUUCUGCUGGUGCAUGAGAACCAUAAAGAGAGAGCUCUGGAAGAGCUUAUGACCCGCAGCGGCUGAGAAGACGCAUGAGGAUCAUCAGCCAUAAACAAUAAUGAAGCAUCAUUUCCAAGAACAAAUAUAUGAAUCUUUAAUUCCAUUAACUCUAAACUGGACGGAUGGAUGGAUGGAAAGAAUGAAAAAAUGAAUGAAAAAGUGAACGAGAGAACCAACGAACAAGGACAAAAAUUUAAUUGAAUUUAACUGAACUGAACUUAAGUUCUGAACUAAAAUAAAUUGAAGUGAACUGAACUUAAUUGAAUUGAAUUGGAACAAGAACUGAAAUUAGGUAAAAUGAACUGAACUGAAUAAAACUGAACUAAAGUUCUGAACUUAAAUUAAAAUAACUGAACUUAAUUAAACUGAACUGAAUCGAAUUUAAUUAAACUGAACAAGAGCUGAAAUUAAGUAAAAUUAACUGAACUGAAUUGAACGGAACUAAAUCGAAUUGAAUUGAGUUAAAGUAAACAAGAAUUGAUAUUAAGUCAAAUUAACUGAAUAAAAUUGAACUAAACAAUAUCUGAAAUUAGGUCAAAUUAACUGAACUGAAUCAAACUGAACUAAAGUUCUGAACUAUAAUUAAAAUAACUGAACUUCAUUAAACUGAAUUGAACUGAACUGAAUCUAAUUUAAUUGAACUGAACUAGAACUGAAAUGAAGGAAAUUAACUAAACUAAGUCGAAUUGAAUUGAACUGAAAUUAACUGAACUGAAGUGAAUUCAACUUAACUGAACUAAAUUGAACUGAAUUGAACGGAAUUGAAUUGAAUUGAACUGAACAAGAACUGAAAUUAAGUAAAAUUAACCUAACUGAAUCGAACGGAACUAAACUAAACAAGAAAUUGAAUUGAAAUGAACUUAAUUAAACUGAACUAAAUAUAAUUUAAUUGAACUAAACAAGAACUGAAAUUAAGUAAAAUGAACUGAACUGAAUUAAACUGAAAUGAAUCGUAUUGAAUUGAGUUGAACUAAACAAGAACUGAUAUUAAGUAAAAUUAACUGAAUCAAAUUGAAUUGAACUGAACAAGAUCUGAAAUUAGGUCAAAUUAACUGAACUGAACUGAAUCAAACUGAACUAAAGUUCUGAACUAAAAUUAAAAUAACUGAACUGAAUUAAACUGAACUGAAUCGAAUUGAGUUAAAGUAAACAAGAAUUGAUAUUAAGUAAAAUUAACUUAAUCAAAUUUAACUAAACAAGAUCUGAAAUAAGGUCAAAUUAACUGAACCGAACUGAAUCAAACUGAACUAAAAUAACUGAACUUAUUUAAACUGAACUGAAUCUAAUGUAUUUGAACUGAACUAGAACUGAUAUGAAGGAAAAUUAACUAAACUGGGUCGAGUUGAAUUAAACUGAAAUUAACUGAACUGAACUAAACUUAACUGAACUAAACUAAACUAAAUUGAACUAAACUGAAUGGAAUUGAAUUUAAUUGAACUGAACAAGAACUGAAAUUAAGUAAAAUUAACUUAACUGAACGGAACUAAACUAAACAAGAAAAUAAAUGACAUUACAUUGAAUUGAAUUGAAUCAAAUGGAAUUAAAAUGACAUGAAAUGACCCAAUGAAUUCCUCGCUGGACUACGAGUACACCCUGCAUAUUAUUACUGAUUGAA